CACACUCACUCACACGGUCACAGUCAGGGCACAGGGAGAAAAUGGGCCGUUCAGCUCGUCGGGAGUGUCUGUCUGUUUUUAUCUCUUCCCUCACUGAAUCUGCUCAGUCUGCAGAGACUAUCAGACUGUGUACGUUCCCAGCAGACAUGUCCAUCGAGCGCCAAAAUGCUUGCUUACCGAGCUACACCAAGCGAUGAAGACACUGUGUUGUACAUUAUAGAAAAACUCUGCUUGCAGGUGAUGAUUAUGAUUAUGUUUCCAUUUGCCGUCCGUCUGUCCGUCCGUCUGUUUGUCCGUCCGUCUGUCCGUCCGUCCGUCUGUCUUUCUGUCCGUCCGUCUGUCUGUCUGUCUGUCUGUCUGUCCGUCCGUCUGUUUGUCCGUCCGUCUGUCCGUCCGUCCGUCUGUCUUUCUGUCCGUCCGUACGUCCGUCUGUCUGUCUUUCUUUCCACUGAACCGAUUCACAAGAAAGUUUGCAGAGGGUUGGGGCUUGAGCGUAGGAAGAACUCAUUCAAUUUUGGAGCUGAUUUCCGAGUAUGGGUGGAUCCAGGAUUUCAUAGCGCCCCUCUCUCCAGAUCUGCAUGACAUGCUCACUUGUUUUUAGAGGAAUACCACAAACACAUGUGCAAGAUCCAGCUCUUUAAACCCUUUUCUGGCACGGACGAGCACUUUCAUUGACUCGUGUCCGUCUUCUUGACAUUUCCCCGGAGUCCGUAUAAAAUGUUCCACAGUUUGCUCAGUCAGUGUCUUUUCGGAGAGACUGGUGCUGCACUGCAGUUUUGGGUGUCGUACAGUUGGUUUUGACAGCUACAUGGAGUGUCAAUAAGGUAUUGGUUACAAAAUUGUUCUUACUUUUCUACUAUGGUUCCUUAUUUCUCAGUUUUCCACUAUUAUUUCCUAAGUCCUCCACUGAUUGACUUGACUGAAGGGAGAGACGCUCGAUGGUGGUUGUUGUUGUUGUUUUAAGUGACUCUAUUAUGCCAGUCUGUCUUCAUACUCAUACACGUUUUUCUGAAACAAAUUUGCUUUGCAAUCAUUCGUCCUAAUUCACACUGUCUUAAUAUCUUUUGGCCCAGAGUUUCUUACGUUUGCUGUAAAGGAAUUGAAAUCAGUCUCCAAGGUUGACAAAGAGUUCUUACCUCAGCCUCUCCUUUUUGUCAGGCUUUGAUUUCUAAAUGGUUUUGUGUAUAUCAUUCGAGAGUUUCUCACUUUUAUCUAUAGCGGUGCGACCUCCACUGCCUGUCAUCUGAGAAGAGUUGUGUGUUGACUGAAAACGCGUCUCAAGAGUAAACCGAAACCACAGAAGACCGAAAGGUCCAUCAGAAGUGGGAUUCGUCCUGGUCGUUAAUCUCAUCAACGAGGUGACGACACAGUGAAAAAUUCUAUCUCAAUCCUAGAAUCAGCAUUCAAAAAGAGAGGAGGAGUGAUAAACACAUGUAAAAAUAGAAACAGAUCUGAGAACAGGUUAGGCAGCCAGUGCAUGGCCCGGUGUCGCCCAGGAUACCACUGUGUGGGCGUGUUACGAGCAGACAGAGGAUUAUUUCCCUGUGCGGUAUGAAAAUUGAUGAUGACAGUAAUCAGAUUGGCUUCGGCUCACAACGAAUUCAUAUCUACUCUCUUCCUGCUGAACGGUAUCUGGCUGCUGUGAUUGGUUUGUGGGUUAAUACUGUAUUAAUAGUCAUGGCUCAUGGUUAGUUGGUGGCUCUGCAUGUUGGUGUAUUCAGUUAGACCAAGAUUAAUAUAGAUGAUCAUCAUGAUCAUAUCUCUUAGACUCCAAAAAAAAAGAAACUUGCGUAAUAUAUGAGAUCCUCUACUGUUACACAUUUUCAAAUAAUCUGUACCUCAUUUGAGUUAUCCCAUAUUGUCUGCGUUGCUAUUACGAACAUAUCAAUAUGGUUCAUAAAUUUAACAGACAAACAUGCAUUACUGUUAAAAUUGUGAGACAAAAUAUUCAGAUGGAAUGUCAUUAUGAGAAUUUACAGCAUUGACAUUUGCUAUUCAGCAAAUGGGUUCUUGUGAGGCAGACUUGUGUUGUGAGAGUUCCUGACCAUAUUAGUUAUUCAUAUCCUACUGCAGUGUUAGUAGAAGAAUCAAGGCUCAGAUGGUUUAAUAUGGACAAAUUGCGUCACUGGUGAUUUUUACAAGGGUGAGUCCAAUUAAUUUAUAAAUUGAGCCUAAUCCUGUCUAAUCAAAUCCUUCUGUUGCACCAAAAAAAUUAUUUUCCAGUGAGUAAGAUCAUGAGUUUGACUUGAGUGUUACUGUAAGUUCAGAGUAAGGACUCAGCCUCAGGGCAGUAUGCAGUAUCACUUCACAGCAAACACACAUACAUUUAAUAUCAAAGCACAAUUCAAAAUCUGUCUCAAAACUUGAGAGAAAUCAAAAUCUGACAUUUAUGGAGAAUUAUUGAUAUUGAAUGACAUGAACAUUUUUUAUCUUGAUGACAUUUUUGGCCAUAAGCCUCAGCCCCAAGUGAUAGUUCGUAAAAGAGCAGCAGCAGCACUUGUGACACUGCAGAGUUCAAAGCCCUUGUGGACUCAACGUGAUGAUGACGGCGGCCUCAUCGCUGAUCUGCGUGUCAAAAUCUUUUAAGCGACGUUAUGUCAUUCCUCUUCAGAUUACCACGGACACUAUCCAACUCCUCCUGAGUAAUGGUGAUGGUGAUGCACGUUUAUAUGCACAUGCACUCUUCUGGACAUUUGAUGAGUAGUACAGUAAGGAAACAGACUAAUAUACUUGAGAAUCUGAUAAAAGAUCUCCCUAAAAUUAACAGAACUUUCUCAGUCACUCUGGGAAACUCUGCGUCCUCAUCAGCUCAGCUCAGAUGUGGUGGCCCUCAAGGAUCUUUCCUUGGCCCCCUUCUGUUUUUCCAUAUACAUGCUGCCUCUUGGCCAGGCCAUUUAAAGUCAUGAUGUAUUUAACAAUUCUCAUGCAGUUAACACGCAGUUAUAUUUGCCAUUAACACCCACAGAUCUAACAAAUCUCAAAACCCGCCUCUAUGACAUUAAAUGGUGGAUGCCCCCCAAUUUCCUUAAAUGUCAUGAUGACUAGUGUGAGGUCAUCGUGAGUGUAUUAUCUUUUUAGUUGUUUUCGAAAAUAUAUAAAUAUAUAUAGGUUUGAUGUAUUUUACAAGGUUUUGUAUUGACUUCAUUUUUUUGGUACCAUGGAAUAACCCAGCAUUCUUGGGUUAACUCGAAAAUCAUGAUACGUGUUGUAAGUUGUUGUUAUUUUAAUAUAUAUAGAGAGAGAUAUAUAGAUACAUACAUACAUACAUACAUACAUUACAUAAGUCAGAAAUUCUUGGAAGCUGUUUCAUCACAUGCAUCUGUGAUGAGCAUGUGAUGUAUUUUGAGCUCAGAGAACCUGAGACUGCUAUAGCAAGACCAACGUUAAUCUGGAAUAUAAAGUAAUGCAUUGUUUGCCGACACCGUUUCCUGUAAUGGCUUUUCCAUCCAUCAAUCUGUUCAUUCAUACAUUUAGCUUAAAGCAUUGUACAUCCUAUGAGUAACCUGAGGCUGCAACCUGAGAACUAAAACCAGCAUUGAUUGUGUCAUAGGACUGCACCUGUAAUGCACCUGUAAUGCCAUAUUUCAACACAUCCUGUUCACACAAAACACACAAAAGAGGUACAGUCUGCUCACGCACAAAGUCUCUCUUUGUCCCUCCUUGUCCCUAUUCCACCCCAAGCCCUCUUGUCUGAUAGGAGAAUGAAGAAGAGGAGGACCUGGAAACCAUAGGAGCACCGUGGAAAGUUACUGUGAAGUCUCGAUGAAAGCAUUAGAGGAGACUGUCUAGUAUUUGACUCAAUGGCCAAGAAGGGGCGUGCGAAGGGCGAGAAGCCCGAGGCGCUCAUCUCUGCCCUGCAGGCAGCCAAUGAAGAUCUCAGGUCCAAGCUGACUGACAUUCAAAUAGAGCUACACCAAGAAAAAUGCAAGGUGAGCAAGCUGGAGCGCGACAAGGUGCAGGAGGUGAAGCGGGUGAGAGAGCAGGAGCAGCACCGACACACUGCCAUGUUAACAGAGCAGAGGGCCAAGUGGCACGAGGAGAAGCAGAAGGAGCUCCAGUCUCUGAGGGAAAACCUGACUCGGCAGCACGAGCAGGAGCUGGCCCGCCACGCCAAAAUCAAAGAACAGGAGAACCAGAGGCUGAAAGCUGCGCUGAGCGCAAUCCGCGAUGGCAGCGGUGAGAAGGUGCGCACAGCACUGACCCUGGAAGCCAAGGAGGAUGCGCGGCGCUUCUUUGACCAGGAGAGAGUGAAGCUUCUGCAGGAGAUAGCGGAGCUGAAGUCUACUAAGAAGCAGACCGACGAGGCUCUCAGCAACAUGAUCCAGUCCGACAAGAUGAAGGCCGGGGACCUGCGGGUGGAGCACCAGCAGCACCAGGAGGAGAUCUCCAAGAUCAAGUGGGACUGUGAGAAGGACAUCCGCAGACUGGUGGAUGAAAUCAAAUCUAAAGACCGCACCAUCUUCGCUCUGGAGAGGGAACUGGAGUCAACGGCGGGGUUCCUACAGAAGCUGCAGCUUCAGAAGGACGCGCUGGACGAACAGCUGUUCCUUGUCAAGGAGGCCGAGUGCGGCCUGGGAAGCCCCAAAAGAGAGAUCCCAGGCAGAGCUGGAGAUGGAGCCGAGCACUGUGGCAGCCCGGACCUGCGGAGAAACCAGAGGCGCCUCGCCGAUCUCAACUCAACCAUACGCAAAUUGGAGGACCGCAACUCUCUGCUGGUCGACGAGAGGAACGAACUACUGAAGCGGGUUCGAGAGACGGAGAAGCAGUGUAAGCCCCUGCUGGAUAAGAACAAGCUGCUGAAUAAGAGGAACGACGAUUUGACCCAGACAAUCCAAAAGCUGGAGGAGAAGCUCAAGAGCCUGGCCAAGGAGAACCACGAGAUGAAGGAGAAGAUCAGCUCCCAUCCUCCGCUGAAGAAGCUCAAGUCUCUCAAUGACCUUGACCAAGCGCAUGAUGACCAGGAAAUAGCCUUUCUCAAACUUCAGGUCCUGGAGCAACAGAACAUGAUCGACGAACUGACGAGGGACCGUGAAAAACUACUAAGGAAGAAAAGGCAUAAAAGAAGUUCAAGGCCAAUAAAGAGGCACAUCGUAGUGGACACCUUCUUCGGGUACGAUGAGGAGUCUAUGGAUUCAGAGACAUCCUCGGUGGCUUCGUUCCGGAUGGACAGAACCCCUGCCACUCCCGAUGAAGACCAGGACGAGGGUCUCGCGAAUGAGGAGUCAGAGCUGCGUUUCCGCCAGCUGACCAGGGAGUACCAGGCCCUGCAGCGAGCCUAUGCCCUGCUGCAGGAACAGAAGGGAGGCAUACUGGAUGCCGAGAUGGAAGCCAAGGCUCAGGAGCAGAUCCAAGCAGACGUUCUCAGGUAUAAAGCCAAAAUCGAGGACUUGGAGAAGGAACUGACCCUGAAGGGACAGGACUCCAAAUGGGUCGAGGAGAAGCAGCUCUUCUUACGAAGGAAUCAGGAGAUAUUAGACAAGAUGGACAAGUCGGAGUCAGAGAGCAGCCGGCUGCAGCAGGAGCUGCAAGACUCCAGGGACCAGAAUGAGCUGUUAGAGUUCAGGAUACUGGAGCUGGAGGAGCGUGAGAGGAGAUCCCCUCCGUUCAACCACCUGAGGAUGCAUCCCUUUUCUGAGGGGGUCAGCGCUCUGCAGAUCUACUGCAUGAAGGAGGGGGUGAAGGAUGUUUGCAUACCGGAUCUCAUCAAGCUUCUAGACAUCCUGGGAGACAAUGGGAACUUGAGAAAUGAAGAGCAAGUGGCCAUUAUUCAAGCUAGCACUGUUUUAUCACUUGCAGAAAAGUGGAUUCAACAGAUUGAGGGGACAGAGGCAGCACUGCACCAGAAGAUGAUAGACCUGGAGGUAGAGAUGGAGAUGUUCUGUAAACAGAAAGGAUAUCUAGAAGAAGAGCUGGACUACAGGAAACAGGCCCUUGACCAGGCCUACAUGCAAAUCCAGGAGCUGGAAGCAACGUUAUACAACUCCCUGCAGCAGGACAAGGUAAUAAAGUACGGCGAGCCUCUGGAUGAGCUCCAGAGGGACGAGCUGCGGACAGCGGUGGAGAAGCUGAGGAGGCAGAUGCUGAGGAAGAGUCGAGAGUACGACUGCCAGAUCCUCCAAGAGAGGAUGGAGCUGCUGCACCAGGCGCACCAGAGAAUUCGUGACCUUGAAGACAAGACAGAAAUCCAGAGGAGGCAGAUUAAAGACCUGGAGGAAAAGGUGGUGCGUCAGCUUGGAGAUUUUGUAUGUGACUACAGUGUUAUUUAUUUUCGGGAAACGCGUGGAAACCGUGUGUGUCGCAGUGGCCGCUAGUGUCAUGACAUCGGUGACUGCAGUCGGUGUAAAGUGGACGUGUCGUGUGUGUGUUGGCCCGUGGAUGUUCACACUUCACAUUUUUCUUCUUUUUAAAUGGGGAUGGGGUUUUUCAGGAUACAGCCCAGGAUGAUAUAUUUUUUUAAAGCGGUGUUGGACAUCGAACAUCUCUCCAAACUGCUGGGAGCACUGUAACCAGACUGCAAUGAUGACACUCGAGACUCACAACACAUAUACACUAAAUCUACAUAUUACAGUUCACGGAUAGGCAUGCUUAUAGAGAAGCAUGCAGAUGCAAACACACACACACACACACACACGCACACACACACACACACACACACACACACACACACGCACACACACACACAAACGCACGCACACAUACACACACACACAUGCUUUGACAAAUCCAAACCAAAGCCUGGGAAAUGCUCUCUGCCAUGCAGAGUAAUAAUAUGUCAUUCACAGCCAUAAAAACCACAGUGGGAACCACAGAAAUAAACUCAUAGACAAUGAGGGAAUCAAACAACCGGACCACCGCUUUUCUUCCCUUUUUUUUUUUCUUUUUCUUCUCUUCAUUCCUUUUACUUUUCCAAACCUUAGAGGACAUUCCUCGCGAGUGCAACCUCUCGGUGAACAGAGGCGUGCCAACUCAGGGCCCUUUGAGUGCAGUCGCCGUUUUUUGAACAGUGGCGGUCUCAGGUCAGGUUGUGACGAGGAAACGCUCUGGACUCACCGGCUUGGCCUGCGCCACGUCGUUCCCAGGAUGGUGCUUCCUGUACACCGACUGCCUGGACUCUCCAGAGUUUUAUACCUGGACACAAAGACAGAGCCACACUGCAGAGACUGGCGUGCACAGACACUAAUGCGGGGACGCAGGACAAUCGGGGUGACACUCUGGACACUGACCUGAGCGGAGAGAGAGAUAAUAAGAGAAAGAUCACAGGGGGGAAUGACGCUCUCUGAUCCAGCUCCGCUCCACGUGGAUCUCCACUGAAAACAUCUGCAGAUUUGUCAAACCGCUGCUCCGUUUUCCCUCAAAAGCCAGCAGACUAUAAGAGCUUUACUCUCUGGUUUACUCUCUUUUCCCCCUUUUUAAAUUUUUUUUACAGCUCCCACCAAAACAGAUACUGUGUCCCACGAUUCCCACUGAGAAAACAUCCCUGUUCUAAUAUAUAUAUAUAUACAUUUGUUGAUAUGUACAUGAGUCUGAAUUAUUUCACGUAUAGUCCCCCCCCCCCUUUUUGUUUCUGUGAAUAGUUUCUCACUUUUCUUUUUGCCCUCUGAAGCAGCUCGAACAGUGAAUGAUCUACUCUGCAGUUUAUGAACGAAUUGCUCCAUUUUAUUGUGGUGACAGCUGCAAGGAUCGAUUUUUAUUUCCUAGAGAAUUAUAAGUGAAGAAUCGUCAGAAUAUGAAUGUGGAAUAAUGGAACAAUAAGUCUCCCCCAUUACCCCUUUUAAUGUCCCUGUAUCAGAUGCAGUACACUGGAUUCAUUAUUCUACUAUUUGAACUGUGUUGGUCUGGGUGACCAGCAGGGGGUGCUAGUGUCACCCGAGCGACUUUCAAUUUGCCCUUAGAAGCUACAUGAUCUUUGAACCAACUUGUAAAUAUUUUUCGCAAACUACCAUGCAAAAUAUCUUUAUUCGACACUGGUUGGUUUAAUCUCAACUCUAACAGUCAUGUCAUCAGUAAUCUCUGGUCCACAAAAACUUUACAUUUUCAUCCGUUGACUUAAUAUGCCUGAAAGUACAGAAUAUGUCAAUAUCACCCAUAUUUCUGUCUCAAAUUAUUGCAGGUUCUCUCUAUACCCAUCUUUUUUACUAAUCAAAAAAAUGUCUUUAAUACUAACAGUUAUCUUUUACGGAACACCACUGGCCGUUUAGGCAUCCACUUCCACAAAAAGGAACCAGGAGAAAGUGAACGCAACACUACACCUGCUCCACCUCUCUUUUCCUAAUCCCUGCAAUAUUUACAAUUUGACUGCUGCGCCUGUUCCCUGUGUACCUGAGCUAUAGUGUAUCUGCCAUCGCACCGCCUCCCUGGCUCCAUUCACAGGUCUUGGGUAGCCUCUCUCUCUCUGGCAUCUCAUUACACAGCCGCAAGUAACCACGGCGACCCACUCCGCUCACUUCAACUUACCAAGGGGAAGGACUGAGUCUAUUUCUGUGCAAACUCAGCUAACAAGCAGUUGCCUUAAAUGCACUUUCCCCCUUUUUCCCCUGCUUGUAUGUUCCUUUUUAUCGAUUCUUUUCCCCCCUAGGCGGUUGUUUUAUCAUGUAAUGUAAUAUAUAUAUAUAUAGAUAUAUAUUUUGCUUUUAUUUCACAGAUGAUUGUUUUUUUUGUUUUUUAUCUUUACCCCCGUCUGUCUUCCAAUGAGAAUUCAACCCCCUCCUCCUACUUUUGGCCUAGAUUAUUACAUAAACUGUAAAGAAGGAGAAAUGCUGUACAAAAAAAUAAAAAUGAAAAAAAAAAUA